AUAAAAACCAAAGAUUCUCGAGUUUUUGUUUCAAACACCCCUGCUUUUUAAACAUUAGCUUAUCCUUUUUUUGUUUUUUGUUUUAAUUCUUUUUCUAUGAAUUUGAGUCCCUUUUGUCUCAUUUGCUUGUUCUUCUGAUGUGGUCACGGACUCCAUCCUAAAGAUAUUGCAAAACUCAUUCUCUGUGCUUAAGCAAUAAUAUGACCUUUAGAGCAAAUACUCUUUAGUUUCUUUGUUGAUACCAAUUUCAGUUAGUUACUCUUCUGAUAACCCUUUGAUGCAUGGUUGAUUUUGUUUCAUAGAAAGUUGAAGGAAAUUUCAUGUAACAAAAAGGGUUAUUUGCUUAAAGCAGAUAACAACUAAAGUUGUUAUCUUUUUGUAUUUUCAUUUUCUCAGCUUUCACUUAGGAAAGUGAAAGUGAAGAUUGCAAAGGAAAAAGAAAAUGGAGCCUUUUAAGAAUGUAGUUGAUGUGUAAAGCUAGAAAGGAGAAGAAGACCGAAAAAAGAAAGAGAAAAAGAAAGAAAAAAAGCAUUAUUAAGGGUAAUAGAAUAUGCCAACAGUGUGGUUUUCUCUGAAGAAGUCACUACAUUGCAAAUCAGAACCUUCAGAUGUUCAUGACCCAAAAACAAGGAAAAAUUUAAGCACAAUAUUAACAAAAAGAGGAGGAAGAUCAGGUUGUUCAAGGUCAAUAGCAAAUCUAAAAGAUGUUAUCCAUGGAAGCAAAAGACAUCUUGAAAAGCCACCAAGUUGCAGUCCAAGAUCUAUAGGUAGUAGUGAGUUUCUCAACCCUAUAACACAUGAAGUUAUUUUGAGCAACUCAAGGUGUGAGCUUAAAAUAACUGGUUAUGGUGGAUUUCAAGAAGGGGUUGGUAAUAACAAUGCUAGUGGUAGUGGUAGUAGUGGUUCUUCAACUUAUGUUGGUACUUUAAGACCUGGAACUCCUGGUCCUGGAGGACACCCUACAAUGCAUUACUUUAACCCUUCUUUUAGGACUUCUUCCACUCCUCCAAGGAAAUCUCCUUUCCUUUUAUCAUCAGAAAAAGAAGGUUCUGGUAAUUUUCAUGGUGGUGGAAUUCAUUCUAGUAAUAGAAUGUCCCUUGAAACAGAUACUAAUGGUUCUUCAACUAUCACUUGUCACAAAUGUGGUGAACAGUUUAACAAAUGGGAAGCUGCUGAAGCUCACCAUCUCUCCAAGCAUGCUGUGACUGAACUUGUGGAAGGAGAUUCAUCAAGGAAAAUAGUGGAGAUAAUAUGCAGAACAAGUUGGUUAAAGUCAGAAAAUCACUGUGGUAGAAUUGAGAGAGUUUUGAAGGUCCACAACAUGCAAAAGACAUUAGCUAGAUUUGAAGAGUAUAGAGAGAUGGUAAAAAUCAAAGCAAGCAAACUCCAAAAGAAACAUCCUAGGUGUCUUGCUGAUGGAAAUGAGCUAUUAAGGUUCUAUGGAACAACUGUUUCCUGUUCUCUUGGUCUCAAUGGUUCUUCAAGUCUUUGCCUAUCAGAAAAAUGUUGUGUUUGUAGAAUUAUAAGGAAUGGUUUUUCUGCUAAGAAUGAGUUGAAAGGUGGCAUAGGAGUUUUCACAACAUCCACAAGUGGAAGAGCUUUUGAAUGUAUAGAGAUUCUUGAUGAUGAACCAUCACUUAGAAAGGCACUGAUAGUUUGCAGAGUAAUUGCUGGUAGGGUUCAUAGGCCUCUAGAGAACAUUCAAGAAAUGGCAUCACAAACUGGGUUUGAUUCAUUGGCUGGAAAAGUAGGUCUUUAUUCAAAUAUUGAGGAGCUUUAUCUGCUUAAUCCUAGAGCUCUUCUUCCUUGUUUUGUGGUCAUUUGCAAACCAUGAACCCAAAAAAGGAUCAAAGUCAAAAUGUAACAUCCCAGACUCGGACUUGCUGACUCUGUCCACAAAUCAACACAAGUCUUUUUUAGAAGGUUUUGUCCUCAGUUACACGACUUUGAGAAACUUCCCAGAAGAUCAUUCAUCCCAUAACUUUUCGCCUUUUGGUAGCUGCACGUACGGGAUGGAUGACAUUUUAAGAAGUUUCUCCGAACUCUCGUGUGAGUGAGGACCAAAUAUAUUGAAAAGGUUCGUGUUGGUUUGUAGGGACGGUCGACAAUUCUGAAAGUAGUCCAUAGUCCGGGACAUUACUCAAAAUGUCUUACAUAUUGUGUAGUUUUAUGAUCCACCACCAACCACCUAUUUUGGCCUUUCUACGGAGGUUCUUUGCCCUACAUCUUUUGAAGAAUUUUGAUUUUUUUUUUUUAAGUCAUUUGAGCUUGUUCAUGUUAAUUGUAUGAACCUCUUAUUCAUACACUUGUAUUUUUCUUAAUGACAGUGAAUAUUUUUAUUUUGUACA